AUGUUUGUACUUCAAGUCCAGAACGGAGAGGUGUUUCAAGUCAUUGAAGAAGUCGCCCUCAUGGUGAAAGCAGCAGGUGGAGCUGAUUCACCUGGGAAAGCUGCAGCCAUCUCCCUUCUUGACUGUUUUGAUCUGGAGGAGGAGCUAAUCCUGGUUUUGGAAAGACCAGUCCCCUCCAUGGAUCUCCACAAGUACCGCAGGGCCAAGGGAGGCUACCUGCAAGAAAACGAGGCUAAGAUCAUCCUGAAGCAGAUGAUACAUGCAGCCAUUGAGAUGCACUCGAACAGCGACUUUCACAGGGACAUCAAGCUGCAAAACGUCCUUGUGGAAACUGGACGCACUGUCCCACGCGUCCGGGUGAUCGAUUUUGGUUGUGGCUGCCUCGUGAAAAAGCGAUACUACAAUUACUACUGUGGUACCUUCUCAAAGUCACCUCCAGAGUGGUUUCUGGUGCGAGAAUAUCAGGCCAUUCCCACAACAGUGUGGCAGCUUGGAGCACUGUUGUGGGACCUGCUCGACCGUAAACAUUCAUUUAAAACUCAGGUUUACUUCCAGGAGGGGCUUAAAAUCAACAAGAAUCUGUCCAGAGGCUGCAGAGGUUUCUUGCAGAUAUGUCUGCAAAACGACCCUGAGAUGCGUCCCACAUUAGAGCAGCUACAGCUUCAUCCCUGGCUCAGAUAAUCAACGACGAGCCACCUGUUGUCAGCUCUGCCCCUCUCAUGCAUGGUUGGCCUCCUAGUCAAGGGCUCUGCUGGAACUGUCCUAACAUUCUACGUGUGCUUUUAUUUAUCUGUAUAUGUAUAUACAGUAUAUGCACGUAGGGCUUCUUCUCAGGAGAGAAGUUCGUAACGCAGCUACGCCUGGAUGGUGUGUCGUGGGUAUGCUGCUGCCGUGGCCCUGCCUAAUGCCUACUGCUACUGAUGUUGUCAGCUAUUGUCACUACUGUCUGACCUGUUUCUUUCUCAGUCUCUGACUCUCGUUAUGUUUAAAUUUGUCAUAUGGAUUACUGUAAAUGUAUUAUGUUGCUCUGUCCUGCUCCUGUCCGACAUCUAUUGCACAUCUGUCGGUCCUGGAAGAGGGAUCCUUCCUCAGUUUUUCCUCAUCCGCUGUGAGGGUCUAAGGACAGAGGGAUGUCAUAAUCUGUAAAGCCCUCUAAGGCAAAUUGUGAUUUAGAAUAUUAAUGUAUGAUUUAGAAUAUUAAUGUAUGUAUUAAUAUAUGUGAUAAAAUUCAA